UUUACAUAAAUGAUGAUAGGUCGCGGUCAAACAUUAUCACGCAUUAAUGUAUUAAGUUUUGUAUGGAUGCGUUCAGAAACUUUUAAUGGAAAUUAGGAAAAAUGUGUGAAUAUUUCCCUGGCUCUUGGCAAUAGUAGACCUGACAUAAUUAAUAUUUACAUUACAUUAAGACAAAGAAACGCCAAAUAAACAACACAUAAGAAAUUACAUCAACUCCAAAUUCAGCCAGGCCCCUGCAGCACAGAGACACAGAAAAAGUUAUUUUUGCAUCUCUGUUGGUCUUUUUCUUUCUCUUUUGGUCAUUAGGUAUAUUUGUGUUGUUGCUUUGUGUCUCUUUGUAGUAGGUUUGCAUGACUUUUUGUUGUAAUUUUUGCGUCUCUGUGUGGUUGUUUUGUGUCUGUCAUUUUGCACCUUAUUGAGGUCAGUUCUGCAUCUCUGUGUUGCCAUUUUUUUUGUAAGUUUGUAGUAGUUUGUGUCUAUUUCUGCUCAUUUUGCAUCUCUUUGUCAUUCAUUUGUGUCUCUUUCUAGUCAUAUUUGCGUCUCUGUGUUGUAGUUUUGUCCCCCAUAGUCAUUUUGCGUUUGUGUGUAUUUUUUAUGUGCCUCUCUGCGGUCGAUUUUGUGUCUCUUUGUAGUUAUUUUGUGCCUCUUUGUCAUCAUUUGAUUGACUUUCCAACAACAAAUAUUAACGUAAUACACCGGUUCUGGUCCAGGGGCUCCAUCCAUCCAUCCAUGAUACUAGCAAGUCUACCAACCAGCACCUUCUGAGACUGGUCUGUGAAGCUCCAGAUUCCAUGGGAGGCCCAGACCACCGCUGGCCCCCCCUCUGGCCUCGGCCCUGGUUUUCUGAACAUAUGUAAGAUGAUGCCCAAGAUUGAGCAGAGCUCGUGCACUGAGGACCGUAUCCAGCAUGUCCUGGAGCGUUGCCUCUGUGACCUGGGGCUCAACACUCCUGACAAACAACUCUGGAACGCUGGCCUGUGCAUAAACCGCUGGUGUUUGGAGGAACUUGUGAAGAGAGAUCCCCACAACUUCCUCAUCCUUCUACAGAGAAUACUGAGGAAAACAAAGGAGGUAGUGGAGCAGUGUCGGUAUGAACUGGUGGUGCCCCUCAGUCUCCUGUUCUCUUCAACACUCCUCAAAGCUCCUCAUGUGGCUGCAGACUGCAGCGUGCUGCAGGAGGCCUACCUGCUGUUCCACAGUUUCCUGACCUGGCCUGAGCCCUGCAGCUCCGCCAGUAAACGCCUGCUGGGUAUCAUCCAGCAGGAGCUCAGAGCACCAGGUCUUUCAUUUCAAAGACUCGUCCGGACGGAGCAGGGGAUUUCUCCUGAGGUUCACUGCUCUAAAACCAUGACGGUGCUGUUAGUGAGCCCAGAUGAGGACGUCCCCCCAGAGGUCCAGUCUGCCUCUGAGAAACUGAGCACCACCCAGCACUCCAGCAGAGACAUCACCAUCACCCUCAUCCUGCACGCCUUCCAGGCUGCUCUGGGCACCGGGCACGACCUUCAGGCGCUCCACACUGUUCUGCAGACAAAGCAGCCUGAGGAGCUGGAGCAGCUGAUGGAGGCAGUGACUGACCGCAUGGAGACAGCAGCCUCUACAGCAGAUCUCAGUAAAGCCAGACAAGGUCUACUGCACAGCAUGGAGAGGCUCAGAGAAAGCCUUACUGGUCCUGCUCCUGCUGAUGGCUGCCCUGAUACUGGGGCUGUUGAGACUUUCAUGCUGCCCUUCCCCAAAUGUCACACGUGCUCCUGGGAUAAUGACACUUUUGAUGUUCUGAAGGACAUUCUCGCAAGUGAGUCCGACAUGGACUCGGCUCCAGAUUGUUUCCUUAAGACAGAAAUGGACGAGGAUGACAAUAACGACACCAGUGUGGAUGAGGAAGAUGAAGUGGAAGGAAACAAAGCGGACCACCGUAUUUCCAGCGCGUCCUCUUCUUCCAGGGACUCCGGCUACUCUCUCUCCUCCAGCUGGUCGGCGCCAUCUUGCUCAUCCGGUGUGGAAAGUGACUUCAGUGAGGACACGACACACGAGAACACAGAGGAAGGGCAAGACAGCCAACCAAAGCUGAGGAAGAAACCCAAAAAGAAGUCCAGAUCCAUUUUAGGCGUUGAGCGCUUCUCCUUGCUUUUCAAGAGUCCUCGUAUCUGCCGCCGGGCCCAGAGUAUGGGCUACCGGGGGGACUUUUCCAAAGAGAUUCAAAGAAGCGGUUCGCAGCUCAAACACUCCAGACAAGUCCAUCCUCUGCAUGCUCCCACUGCCGGUCUGGACCCUCUGUCCCCCCGGAAGCACAUGUGCGUCCGCAGGAGGCCGAUCCUGAGCUGUGAUGAGGGCGAUGAGGCAGAGGUGCCCACCCUCAUCAAAGUGGUGGUUUUUGGAGGAGACAGAGAGGCUGGCAGGCUGGCCAGGGCAUACAGCGACCUGCAGCAGAAAGAGAGUAAAUAUCCAAGACUCACCAAGACGUGCAAGCUGCAGUUUUACUUUGUUCCGACCAAAAAGAGAACCAUAGGAAGCACAGGAGGAGGACUUACACCAACUGAAGGGCCGACAGGAAGUUCAACCAGAACCGCUGCCUCUGUGGAGUCUAACAGUGGUGUCCUGGAGGACAGUACCACCGAUAUAGCCCAGAUGUUGGGCAUGAUGGACCCCUGGUACGAGAGGAACGUCCUCAGUCUGCUCAGCGUGUCCUCUGACGUCCUUUGUCAGACUGCCUGUAAGGAAGGCGAUGAGUCAGGGAGCAGUGGCAGCGUGGAGAGUCUUCCCCUGUUGGCCGACUUGGUGCUCUAUUAUUGUCGGCAUGCAGACCAGCCUGUUCUGGUGCAGCUCUACCAGGCUGAGCUCACCCUGGCUGGAGGAGAGAAGAGAAGGGAGGUGUUUAUUCACUCUCUGGAGCUCGGACACACUGCUGGCACCAGAGCUGUAAAGGCCAUGGGUGCUGCCGGUAAAAGGUUUGGAAUAGAUGAAGAACGAGAGGCCGUCCCUUUAAAACUAUGUGUUGCCUACAACAAGGUGGCUGUCAGCGGGAGGAGUCAGUGGAUCCAGACAGAGAUGGUUUGCACAUCGAUUAAUCUUCACAAAGCCUGCAGGACACCUGAGCAGCUAGAUUCCAGAAUAGAAAGUCUGCAGCUGACAAUGACAGAAGUGCUGAAGAGGCAGUGCUCCAAGUCUAAAAAGGGCUACAACCAGCACAUCUCCAUAUCAGAGGUGAAAGUGGAUAAGGUUCAGGUGAACGCUGGACAAGAUGGAGCGACUUUUGCUGUGUGUCUGGAUCAGGAUGAGAAGAAGUUCAUACAAAGUGUCACCAGGUGUGAGGUGUCUCUGUGCUGUAAACCAGGAAGCAGCUCAGACUGGAGGUCCUACAAGCCGUCCCCUGGUCAAGUCCAGCCUCUACACCCGUCCUACUGCUCCCUGCUCUGCCUCCCCAUCACCUCCUUCUCUGCCUCAUCCCACUGACAAACUGUUUACUACACUGAACCAACCCAUGGAUGUUUAAAUGAAAGCAACGGCAAAUGCAAAAUACAGAUUCUGAAUAUCAGAAAUAAAGGUUGCAUCAUAGUUAUAUAUUAAAACUAAUUGACCCACAUAUUUCAGGUUUAUCCUGUAGCUAAUCAAGGUGUGUCACAAUGUGAGUGUGUGGAGGAUUGUUUUUCUAACUUUUUAUAGUUAUUUCUCCUUAUUGCAUCUUUAAAGACACAAAAAAACUUUAAUCCCAAUGCAGGACUGCCAACUAUCUGCUGCCAGUAGCAUAAAACUGAUAACUUGAUUAAUACUGUGUACGUUCUGUUGAUUCAUGACAGAUUAAAACCCUGUUUAAGGAACUUUGUAGUUAAAUAAGCUAUUUAUUUUUGAAGUGAUAUCCAUAGUGUUUUUUUGUAUAUAUUUUUCAGAAGAAAAUGUUUCUAUAUGUCAUGCAAUUUCAAUAAAAUCACAUUGAGUCAG